AUGGAUGACUUGGCUCUCCUUGACCUGUUGGAGUGUCCCGUGUGCUUUGAGAAGCUCGACGCCUCAGCAAAGGUGCUGCCGUGCCAGCACACGUUCUGCAAGCCCUGUCUGCAGAGGAUCCUGAAAUCGCAGAAGGAGCUGCGGUGCCCCGAGUGCAGGACCCUCGUCCUGGGCAGCAUUGAGCAGCUGCCCUCCAACCUGCUCCUCAUUCGCCUCCUGGAUGGAGUCCGGUGUGGCCAAAACGCCAGCAGGUUUGGCUCGGUGCAGAGGUCGGGGGUCCUGUCGUCCCCCGCCUCCAUCAGGAGAGUCCCCAGGGGGCUGCAGCUGCACCAGCACCGGCUGGCGACCAAUCCCCGGAUCCACAUGGAGGGGGUGCCACGAGCCAGGGCUCUGUACUCGUACCGCGGGCACAACCCCGGCGAGCUGCGCUUCAACAAGGGCGACACCAUCGCGCUGCUGCGGCAGCUGGACGACAACUGGUACCUGGGCGAGCUGAACGGCGCCAGCGGCGUCUUCCCGGCCAGCUCCGUGCAGGUCAUCAAGCAGCUGCCCCUGCCGCGCCCUCUCUACAGCCUGGAGCUGCGCGGCCGGGACAAGGCGGACGGCAAGGACAUCCUCACCUUCCCCAAGCCGAGCACGGCCCAGCAGCUCCUGCAGGCCACCAAGGGCCACUGGUCCCCCCCGCCGCGGGCCGCGUCCCUGCGCCCGGCCAAGGCCGCGGCGGAGCCGGCGCUGCCCAAGGCGCCCGAGGCGCGGAGGAAGAGCCUGCGGCAGUUCUCGCUCACCACGGCCCUCAACACGCUGAACCGCAUGGUGCACGCCGAGCGGCCCGCGCUGCACAUCAGCCCCCCCGUGCUCAUCAGCUCCAGCAACCCCAGCGUGCCCACCCAGAGCUGCGAGAGCGCCGAGCUGCCCGGCGGCACCCCGCUCCAGGUCAGCACCUCCUACUACCCCACACCAGGAGCACUGGGGCCCCCGGCAGCCAUCGUGACCCUUCCCCACCUGCAGCACCACGGGCCAGCUUACCUGUGCGUGGCUCUCCACUCGUACGCGGCCCAUGGACCGGACGAGCUGGAGCUGCAGAAGGGAGAAGGGGUCCGUGUCUUCGGCAAGGAGCAGGACGGGUGGCUGCGGGGCAUGUCCCUGGUCACCGGCAGAGUCGGCCUCUUCCCCAGCAACUACGUCACCCCUCUCUUCAGGAAAUCCAGUCUCUCCGACUCGAAGAUGCCCUCCCUGUACACCUCAUGGACGCUGUCCACGUCCUCGCUGUCCUCGCAAGGAAGCGUGUCCGAGGGCGGCCCGCGGCAGAGCCGGGCGCUGCGGCCGCUGCUGCUGCCCGUGCCCAUCCCCUGCCCCGGCCGGGCUCCCGCCCGCUGCGGCCAGCGCGGCAGCGACGGAUCCCUGCAGAGGCCGGGCCAGGCAGGGACCCCCGUGCAGAUCACCGGCUCCCUCAGGCGCCCCACGGCUGCGGGGCGAGCUCAGCACUUCCAGCUCUACCCGCACAGCAUCUCCCCCGGCGCUGGCACGGACGAGACAACGAGGCCUGACUCCUCCUAUGAGGCUGCGCCGGCGCUGCUGGUCAGGGGAGGGGAGAGCCGAAGCCCCUCGGUGUGCAGCUCGGUGAUCCUGGACGCCAAAGACCCCUCGGUGAAGAGCGAGGCCGCUCCAAAGCCGCCGGCGUCAGCCCCGCCGUCCAUCCUGGUGAAACCAGAAACCUCCCGCAACAGCGCCGAAAAGCAAGUGAAGACGGUGAGGUUCCAGAACCACAGCCCGCCGCCGCCCAAGCGGCACAGCCUGCAGCCCUCGCCGAGGCUGGCCCGCAGCAGGACAGAGCCCGGCCCCGAGGGGCUCCUGCCCGAGCCCCGCCUGGGCCCCGAGCUGCUGGUGCUGUACUCGCCGCGCCUGGGCUCCAGCCCCCUGCACCCGCGCCGGGCGCUGCACCCCAAGGCGCUGUCGCUGGACCUCUCGGGGCAGCUGACCUUCCCCAUCAAGAAGAGCUACAGCAGCAUCUCUGCAAACUGA